UGUGGAGAUGGAUUGGUGACAACAGGGGAAGAUUGUGACUGUGGGGGAUUGAAAAAUGAUUUGUGUUCGAAUACGUGCUGUGAUCCAAAAACAUGCAAGUUUACAACUGGCUCGCAAUGCUCAACUGGACUUUGCUGUGAUAUAGGCAGCUGUCUGCUCAAGGCCGCCAAGAAAGUGUGCAGACCGUCGCAGCACGACUGUGACGUGGAAGACGUAUGUGACGGGCAGUCCAACUUCUGCACUGACUUCGUCAAGCCAGACGGAUACAUGUGCCAA